AUGACCAGCCGCCCCAACGAAUUCAGCAGCAGCUCGCUCUCGUCUUGGCAGGCGUCAUGGAAUCAGAACAGGGGGAGCUCGGUGGUGACGUCCUCUGAAUACGACGGCUGCAGCAGCCCGGGUGGUCCAGCCAGCAGAAGCUUCAGCACCUCGAGUCUUGGUGGAUACACGUCUUCCUCUUGCCCGUCCGUCUUCAUCAACAAGAAGCUCUUGACGCCGCUGCGCCUAGACCUGGACCCCACCUUCCAGGAGAGGAAGAAGCAGGAGAAAGACGAGAUGAAAAUCCUCAACGACCAAUUCGCAUCCUUAAUUGGGAAGGUCCAAUGCCUGGAGCAGCAGAACAAGGUUCUCACGAUCAGGUGGAGCUUUCUGAAAGAUCAGGACAAUUCCCGUUCCGAGUUAGACAUCAAACUCCUCUACGACCAGUACAUGAGCAAACUGAAGCAAGAGAUGAGGGCUGUCGGCCACGAGCGAGAACAGCUGGAGUCCGAGUUGACCGAGGUGUUGAAAUCCAUGGAUAACAUCCGAAGCAGAUACGAGGAUGAAAUACAUAAACGGAGUGGCUUGGAAUUCACCUUCGUGGAGCUGAAAAGGGAUUUAGACGCUGGUUCCAUGCAUAGAACCGAGCUAGAGGUAAAACUGCAGGGGCUUCAAGAGUUGAUGGAGUUAAAGAAAGCCGUAUACGAGCAGGAGCUUCAGGAGCUGCUGGCAGAAAUCAAGGACAUCUCCAUCGUCAUGGGGAUCGAUAACAGAUGCAACCUUGACCUGAGCCGCAUCGUGGAGGAAGUGAGGGCGCAGUAUGAAGCCCUCGCUUUCAGGAGCUGGGAGGAGGCAGAAGCCCUUACCUGGAGCAAGCUGAACGAAGGAGCCACCCACUCCGCUACAUACAGGGACCAGCUCUUCAGCGGCCGGCGGGAGAUCGCGGAGCUGACCAUACACAUUCAGAAGCUGAGGACCUGCAUCGUGUCCCUGAAGAGCCAGUGCCUGCGUUUGGAAGAGGACAUCAAAGAGGCCGGGGGAAACGGCCAGCUCGCCCUCCGGAACGCUAACACCAAGCUGGCCGAGCUCGAGCAAGCCCUGCACAAAGGCAAGGCGGACCUGGUUGGCUUGGUGAAGGAGUAUCACGAGCUGAUGAACAUCAAGCUGGCCCUGGAUGUGGAGAUCCUCACCUACAGAAAGCUGGUGGAAGGCGAAGAGAGCAGCAUGGAGUCCCCGACGUGCCCUGUCAUCAGCAGCAUCCACUCCAGCCCUAGGCAUUUUUCAUCCAUCUCCAGCUUCUCGGGGUCUUCCCAGCUGGCUUCUCGAGCGAGGGGCAAUUCUACUGAUGGAAUGACCCGAAAUGGAGUGGUGGCAGAGGCCGUCCUCGCCAGGAGCCAGAGUGGCGGCUCAGCAAAUCGGGAUGCAGACGAACGGCCCAGUGGGGCACGUCCGAAGCAUCGCUUGCUGUCCGACGAAGAACACUGCCGUGAGGAGUCGAUCCCUGCGGAAUAGAUGCCAGACGCAUUGCCAACUGCACCUGAACGAGACCAGAAUGCCUUCUCCUGUAGCCCGAUUCUUGCCAACGUCUGCGGGGCCAAGAAUGGGAAUCAACCUCAAACCAGCUCUUCGCAGUGUUUCCUUGACACCUUCCCAACUCCAUCACUGGUUAGAAGCGAGACCUCCAUCCUUUGAACAUGCCCAAUUCUCACACCAGCCCCAGCAAACUCAUCCUGAUUCUACCUCCCUGAGGUGGGGUUCAUAAGGCUUAAUUCAUUGAUGUGCUUUGAGAUCUUCAAACUGAAAGCAAUGCAGAAGGAGGAAGUGUUAUUACUUAGGCUCCAACGAUGAUAAACUGAAGGAUAGUAGCAACAUAGCAGAAGGUAGUAUGGGGGAGCCUGGCGGGUAGAGCACUGGACUCAGGAAACCUGGGUUCUAUUCCUGACUCUGCUGGGCGAGCCAUGUCCCGCCAUAUGCCUCAGUUUCCCCCUCUGUGAAAUGAGGAUAAUGCUGUUGACCUUUGCAGGGAGGUUUGAGAUCUCAGUGCUAGAUAAGAGCUAAAUAUUAUGAGUUAUUUUACCAGUAUUACCAAAAGAUUUCUCGCGUUCCUUCUCACUUUCGUUCUUUGGUUUGUGCGGAUUUGCGUUAGGGUCUCUUUCACCAGCUGAUGAUGUGAUGUGGGCGAACGUUCUCAGCCACAUGAGUUGGCAGAGGCUGUGUUUGGUGAUGUUUCACCACUGGCGCUCUGGCUACUUAGGGGAAAUUUUUGUAUAGACCCAGAAUCCUCAGUCAAAGGCUUUUUUUCCUACUGCCAAUGGGGACUCUAUCUUGAUGGUGUCCUUUAAAAAUAAAAUCAAAUAAUCAUGACCUCGGGUGCAGUGGUGUAAAUCCGGAGCAACUCCGCUGACUUCAAAGGAGCGUGGCCCAGAUGCUGAUCUGAAUUACAGUGCUGUAAAAACGGGUUCACGUCACCUGGGGGGAAUGGCGUUAGGGCCUGUCUGUAAGCUCAUUUCCACUAACAUAAACCCAGAAUGACUCCACAGCAGGUUUAUCCUAGUGUGAUAGAGAUCUUAAAAGAAACCCGUAUGUUUGUAAGUAUCCUUCUCUGUGUUGCUUGAUAAUGGCCCGGUAUAUUGAAACUGAACAUAGUUUAGAAAUCUGUUAUUUUUUACCGUUUCUCCUGGAUUUGGGGGUGCACUUUUCUCAACUGGACAGUAAAGCUAGAUGGGCCAGUUUUACUUGCGGCUCAUGGUGGGUCGAGGAGCCCAAUUCUGCAAGGUGCCGAAUUCUCCUUUACUAGAUGUCUCAACCCCCACUGCCUCCUUUAUUAGAUGCUUCAACCCAGCACCUUGUAUGGUUGGGUGCUCAUGGACUUGCCAUAGGAAAUCCCACUGCACGCUGGCUGUUCCGUAUCCUUUCCGUGCUGACCUCUGCACCCUUUCGCAGAGAAGCAGCACAAGGCGGGGACACCAUUCAAGGUCCACUUAAGCAGGGUGAAGUAGACCCAGUGCACGAGGGAGACCGUCAUCCUCAGAGCUCCUGGAGGUUACAAAAAAUCCAACACGACUGUAAAAGACAAGCCUCAGUGCGGGGAGGGAGGUUAGUUGUUAUUUGUUCUGGGAUAUUUAUUGGUUGUCAUUUAAAGAGAAUAAUCAACAUUAUAUAUAUAUAUAUUUCAUAACGUAUGAGGUCGCUUUUAACUUAAUUCGCUAGAUCCCCAGCUGGUGUAGAUCAACAUGGUCCCAUUGAAGUCAGUGGAGGCAUGCCAAUAGUACGCCAGCAGAGGAUCUGGCUGCGUGUAUAUAUUUGUUUCCCUCUGGCACAAACUCAAGUAUACCCUGCAUUGCAGUAUUGCUUUGUACCAAGGGCCAACGUCUACACAAAGCCAAUGGGCUUGCUCUGCUGGCAAUGAGUCACUUGCGAGGCCCUUUUUGUAUGUUUCUGUUAAGCGUGUUGCAAUAUUUCCACGUGUUUCUGUAGGGUCGCCACCUGCUAUGGCACCCGUGUAACCAGCAUGUCGUCUGCGCUGCGCUAUGGCUGUGUUAUUAAAGUAUUAUUCCGAGUGGGUGUAGCCAUGUGGGUCCUAGGAUAUUAGCAAGACCUGGGGAGUGAGGUCAGAUCUUGUAAUGGGCCAGUUUUUGUUGGUGGAAGGGGAGAGACAAGCUUUCAAGCAUAUCAGAGCUGAAACAGAGCUGGCAGAAACUCCAAAGUUUGUCUCUUUCUGACCCGCUUCGUCUCUUUCAUAAAGUAUUGAGAGGCACGGAAGAGGGGAAAGGAGGGGGGCAUGUCAAUUAUUUCCUUACAGCGUCCUGACAGCUAAGGCGCAAUCCUGCUCUCAGAAGCCAAUUCCAAGCCCCUCUAGAAACAGUUCCUUGGCUAUCGCCUCACAUCAGUGGCUGGAGAGGAAAGCUGGCCUGGGGGCUUGGCGGCAAAUUAGCAGACCUCUGCUCUGCUGUUGGUGACCUAGGGCAAGCCGCUUAGUCUCUCUAUCUCUCUGGGCUUCAGGUCCCCCUCUGCAAAAUGGGGAUCGUCCCACUUCCGUACGCUUGCCAGGGAUGUGGUGAAGGCAAAUACAUUGGAGAUGGUCAGGUACUAUAGUAAAGGGGGUGUCACAGAGUCCCCGGGCGAUGCUCUGGAACUGCUCCCCACAAAGCCAGUCAGGACUUUGGGGAGCCUCCUCUCCCUUGGAGCAGACUGUCUUCAGGGCAAGAAGCUCACACGUCUUCACCUUCCUGGGUCUGACCUUGGAGCAUUCAGCAUAUGCCCCUCUGAGCGUUUCCCACAGCAAGUCCGUCCAGGUGGGGUCCUGGGGAAGCCAGAGGGUUCUGCACCCCCCACUUCACAGUCAGACGUGACUCUUAGCCAGCCAGUAAAACAGAGGUUUAUUAGAUGACAGGAACACAGUCUAAAAUAGAGCUUGUAGGUACAGCGAACGGGACCCCUCAGCCAGGUCCAUUCUGGGGUCCAGCAAGCCAGACAACCCCAUCUUCACUCACUCCCCGUCCCCAGCCAGCCCCGAACUGAAACCCCCUCUAGCCCCUCCUUUCUGCCCUUUGUCUCUU